GAUUAAUUAAUGAUCUUUUAUUUCAAGAGAGAGAGAGAGGCGGAACUUGUUAUUUGAAAUUAAUCGACCGGUGGCUUGCGGUACUUCGGAAAUCAGAGUUAUUUCACGUAAAGGUUGUACGAUCCGCGAGUGAAGGAAAGGAGAAGAACGAACUCAGCUCGAGAAAGUUACAUCUCCUUGUUUUGCAUCGUAAAGAAAAGAGAUAAGAACGAGGGAAGCAAGAUUAGGAGGAUCGAUUUUGGCGGAUGACUGUAGAGGACGACGUUAACGUACAGUAACGUUAACGUGACAUACGAUGAACCACAAUCCAACGAUCUGCCGUCAGUACUUCUACUGUAGCCAGCGUCGGCAUCGCGUCAGUUCCAGAAUAUGCGAGAGACAGAGAGAUGCCAACAGGCAUAACAACAGGAGCGAGGAUGACGAUGAGGACGAGAAUUCUCUGGGAAAAUGGCCUCACGCCCUCAGUUCGACCCUCGCGUGUCUCGGCUGCACUCUGGGACUCUUUAACAUCAGCAGAUUCGCUAUUCUUAGCAUACAGUUUGGAGCAAACUUCAUGAUACAGUUCCUGAUCUUGUCCCUCAUACUGGGCAUCCCGCUGUUAACACUACAAGUAUGUCUUGGACAAAGAUUGGCGGCUGGUUCCGUGGACAUGUGGAGUAUAUCUCCGAUUUGUCAAGGUGUCGGGAUAGCCCUGCUCGUCGCGCAGGCAUUCAUCGGUAUCUACAGUAUAGUCGGUGUAUCAUGGAUGUUUGUGUUCUUCAGAGAUUCAUUCAUAACGAAGCAGGACAAGUAUCGAUGGGCGGAGCCGUUUCUUCUCUAUCGAGAGGAGAGCCGUUUCACACACAACACCACCGCUUUGUACAAAUUACACGAGACUGUUCCGGAUUACUUCAGCGGUGCUGUAUUACAAAGACAUCAUUUGAUUGACUCUAAUCCUGGUGUUGUCACGUUGAAGUUCCAAGUGGCCUUCAAUCUAGCUGUUGUGUGGAUGAUUGUAUUUGUUUCACUGAGUAAAGGACUGAGAUCUUACGGAAAAGUUGUAUACGUUUUUACACUAGUGCCCGUGUUUGGCACGUUAGUCCUUUGCGCGAAACUAAUUGGACUCAUUCCGCCGGGCUCGUUUCACCAACUUUUCCCUUCCACUGUUUGGAGCGAAUUCUUUAUUAAUGGGAAGUCAUGGGUGGCUGCCUCGAACGAGGUCUUCCUCACAUGGGGAUUAUUCGGUGCGGCCGCUAUGCAGAUAGCGGCUCAUAACAAGCAUAAGCAUCUCCUACAGCGCGAUACAAGUCUCGUGGUAAUCUUGACGUUUGUGGUUCUCCUUCUCGUGGCUUUCCUCGCGAAUACCUGCGUACAAAUCCUCAGGCUUCACGGCUACAUCUACACUACUAGUUCUUUCGAGAGAAUAUCAGGGUAUACGUUUAUGAGGCUUGCCAAUGAACCAGCACCACCAGGAUACAGCACCACGCCAGAGAGAUUCAUGUCUCACGCAUCAUUUCUUCUUGGACAACGCGUAAUACGACCUGGCGUGGACACAAGUGCCGAGUCCGGAUACCAGGUGUUACGGUUAGCCACUGAAUUGGUGCCUUCGACACUGGCAUUGUUAGGCACUGAACAGGUGUCGCCAUUCUGGGCGGUCCUGUUUUAUUUCAUUCUCAUCUUAUUUGGAAUCGCACAACAGUUGGCGAUCUGGCAUUGUGUAAUAACUGGUAUAAUGGCGAUCAAUACGAAAAUGAUGAAGCUCUGGGAGACCACGAUCACGUUUUUCAGCUGCGCUUGUGGUUAUAUACUCGGAUUACCUAUGGCUACGGAGUUGGGUAUUUAUGUCGUGUACUAUCUCGAUUACACUGUCGGCGGGGCAUGGUGGAUAAUAUUUUUGUAUCUAAUACAAAUCGUCGCUCUGUUUGCGAUUCGUGGGCGGCCACAUUCCGGUGAGGCAGUCGUCGCCGAGUUAUUCCCACCAAGUGGACGAUAUCUCAAGUACUGGGUUGCCCCUCUCCUCUCCUUCACGUGGACCGUUGUUCUCCCCCUUACUUUGAUGGCUCUGAGUAUCAUAGUAUUCAAGAGCGGUGACUUCUGGGAACUGUAUUCUUAUCGUCGCACGAGCAAAGAUUACUGGGUUGUGUGGGCAAGGCAACUCGGGACGGCGAUUCAACUGACACCGAUACUCAUAAUAUCGGUAGUGUCUGCCAUACAAGCGUGUCGAUACUUGAAUAACGGACCACCCGAUAUAUUUGAUAGAAUUCAAUUGCUUUGUCGGCCAAUGGAUCCGGAGGAUCCUCGCGACGCUCAGACCCAAAUUGGAAACGACACCAGCACCAGCUUGCAUGGGAAUGGAAUCUUACCCUCCGCGACCACGGAGAUACCUUUCGAGGAUCCGCCGCCGAAGUACACACCUCCGCCAAGCUAUACUACUGCGACCGGAGCACGGAUCGCGAAGAUGCUGCGGCAAAGCUUUCGGCGGAGCGUGCGGAGGAUCGCGAAUGUGUUGGGGGAGAGCAGCGCGCCGCGACAGAGGCCGGCGUUGCAGCCACCGCCUCCUGAUUAUGCGACCGUCCUGGUGGAGAUGAAUCAGAGCAUCGCGCCGAUGUCGCACGAUCACGUCGCAAUCCACGUGUUGUCGGAGCCGCGGCCGGACGUGACGAAUACUGGCGAUAAUCGGCACGGCGUGGACGUGUCGGCGGUCGAGCGUCGUCAUCGACCGAACACCAUCGAUCGCUCCAGCAAGAUCGGCAUCGCGAACAGAUCGCGCACAAUCGAACGUACUCAUUCGACGAUCGACCGCGGUCGCCGGUCGUGUACGAACGCUGCGACGAACACCCUGUCCGGUUCGAACUUGACGGCCGCUGACGUGGCGAAUCUGCUUCGUAGCAGUAUACGCAGGGGCACCGCGAGGACGCAGCAUUCCUUACGUAGGAGCUUCUGCCACGAGGCACCGACGACGGCGGUGUCCGUUGAAAAUCUAGUCGAAGCCGCUGCACCUAUCGGCGAGGACUCCUUGAUCUUAUCGAAGGACGCGCCUCUAGUCCCUGAUGAACAGGUUGGCGGCAAUCGCCGCGACGGCGACGAUCACGACGAUGGCAACGACGGCGAGGAGAAAAAGACUGCAAGUGAAAUGGAAAGUUCCGUUUCUGUGAUAUAGACUGAUACAUCGGUUGCACGAAAUCGGCAUUUUCGGGUCGGGUGACUCCAGCGAUUGACUUAAUGAUUCGUUGCCCCUCUCUCUUUAAGCUGUAAUUUCUACUUGUAAUAUAUAGAUGGAGAGAAGACUUCGUUAUAACCAUAAUCGACGUCGACAUCGACGCGAUUUGCUCACAGCCUCCAAGCGCUUGAACUCCCUCGAGAUUAGGACGAUGUUUUGUUCCCGAGCCCGAGCAAUUACACGCGCCUAUUACUACUCCGAAAUAUUUUUGUGUUCUUACCGUAUUUAUUUUUUAAUACGAUACUUAUACAUAUAUACAUUUCCUCGUUAAAGAAAGUAAUAUUUUGCAUAAUAUUGUCCGAUGCACUUUUAAAUAUCUCAGACCUCGGUCUUGCAUUUCUCUCAAUGUCAAAGAAUCAGAUAUACGAUUUUAACCCCCGUUUAAUCUCACAAUAGAUGCAAUUUUUCUUGCUGAAUAAAUAAUAUUCAGAAACGGAUUUAAUUGCGGCUCCAAAUAAGUCAUGUAAAUACGGGCCUCCGCCUUCUUUAGUAGUUAAGCAAAGGAGAAUUAUAUUGUUAUUACUAGGGCAACCAAAAUUAUGCUGUAAAAAUCCCUUUUUAAACGCCUAAAAUAUGCUCUGUGAAAAAAAUGCUCUAAAGAAAGGAAUAUGCAUUUGAAAAUUACUUUUUA